AUGGCGACUGCGGGCGCGCCGCUCCGGUCGCUGCGCUUGGCGAGUCUUUCCAGGCGGAAGCGGAAGGGAAAGUGAAGCGUUGCUGGUGCGGCGUAAGCACGCCUAGGGAAGACGGGGCUUGAGUGGACACCUGGGCAGGUGUGUUGGAUAUAGAUCUUGGGAAAUGCACAUGAUGAUUUGAAGCACCAUGCUGAUUGCUGCCUAUGUCGCUUUUGCUUUCCUUCUGGUGAUAUGCAUUGGCCUGGAGUUCUCUGCCUGCCGCUCCAAACUCACUGGUAGGUCUUGCUCCAACCCAGCCUUCCUGCAGUUCCAGUUAGACUAUUACCAGGUCUACUUCCUGGCUCUUGCAGCUGACUGGUUGCAAGGACCAUACCUUUACAAACUGUACCAGCACUAUCACUUUUUGGAGGGCCAAAUCGCCAUCAUUUAUGUCUGUGGCUUUGCAUCAAGUGUGCUGUUUGGGCUGGUCUCCACUUCCUUGGUUGAUCGACUGGGCCGUAAGAAAUCCUGCAUCCUCUUCUCCUUGACAUACUCUAUUUGUUGCCUGACAAAGCUCUCCUGGGAUUAUUUUGUGCUAAUUGUUGGAAGGAUAUUAGGGGGGCUGUCCACCGCCCUACUGUUCUCAGCCUUUGAGACUUGGUACAUCCAUGAACAUGUGGAGCACCAUGACUUCCCAGCAGAGUGGAUUCCUGCCACCUUCUCCAGGGCAGCCUUCUGGAACAGUGUUAUUGCUGUUGCAGCUGGGGUUGCAGCUAAUGUCUUUGCUGAAUGGCUGGGCCUGGGCCCAGUUGCCCCCUUCAUGGUCUCCAUUCCCUUCCUCAUGCUGGCUGGCAUCUUGGCUAUGAAGAACUGGGAUGAGAACUAUGGCAAGAAGAAAGCACUGUCUAGGACCUGUACAGAUGGACUGAAGUGCCUCCUUUCUGACCGCCGGGUCCUGCUUUUGGGUACCAUCCAGGCCUUGUUUGAAAGUGUAAUCUACAUCUUCAUCUUCCUCUGGACCCCUGUCCUGGAUCCGUAUAACCCCCCCUUGGGCAUUGUCUUCUCCAGUUUCAUGGCUGCCAGCAUGGUGGGUUCAUCACUCUACCGCAUUGCAACCUCCAAGAAGUAUCACCUCCAGCCCAUGCACAUCCUUUCCCUCUCAGUUCUGAUGGUGUUCUUCUCCCUCUUCAUGCUGACUUUCUCUACCAAUCCUGGGCAGGAGAACCCUUCAGAAUCAUUCUUAGCCUUCCUACUAAUUGAGCUGUCUUGUGGGCUCUACUUCCCUUCAAUGGGCUUUCUUCGGCAGAAAGUGAUCCCUGAAAAGGACCAGGCAGGUGUGAUGCACUGGUUCCGUGUCCCAUUAAACCUGCUGGCCUGCCUUGGCCUGCUCAUCCUCCAUGACAGUGACUACAAGACGGGCACCAGGAAUAUGUUCACCAUCUGCUCUGUCAUGAUGGUGAUGGCCCUCUUGGCUGUUGUAAGCCUCUUCACUGUGGUCCGUAACAAUGCAGAGCUCAGGUUGCCCAGCCAGCCAGGCCAAACUGAAGUCUCAUCUCCUGAGCUCUAAUCUCAAUACAUUAGGAAUCCUUUCUGGAGAAAGAUGUUCCAGAGCUAACCAGUUGUCUGUCAAAUAUCAUAAUGCUGGUACUGUAUGUAGGCAGAGAAACCGCAAAGGGAGAACUGCUUCUCUGCUCAGGCAUGAGCAUCCCUUUCCACACGGGAGUUGGGGGAACAUUCCUUUGCCCUUUCCAGUAAAGAACGGACCAUAUCAGACAGUUUGAAUCAAGCCUAAUUUUCUUUUCUGCACCUUGGAGUUUUUGACUGCUGAGGCAUCUUGACUUCUGCUAAUGAACCAUGGGGUGGAGGGCUACUUACUACCACUUCGUCCUGGAUCAAUGGUGACAGGUAAUGGGUUAAAAAGACAUGGCCCUCCUUUUAGAAAGUGAGCAGUGAGGCUGAUUGACUAAAUUAUCCAUUAUCAGUAUUGAACUUGAUCACAAUGUCCGCCAAAUUCUUUGUUGUCAGUCCUGCUUUUUUAAAUAAAAUUAAAUAAAGCUA